CGCGACCGCCGGCCAGGGGGGAGCUCUUCCCGACACCCGGAGUGGGAGCCCGGUGAGGCGGAGACCGGACUCAAAAAGCGGGCGGAGCGGAGCCAAAACCCCAAGCCCCGCAAAACCCCUAAACCCUAGCCCCCUCCUCCUCCGCCCCCGCCCUUCUCCCCGCGGCUUCCAGCGGCUGGGGACGAAGCCGCCGCCAUGGCGACCCUCCUCAGGCGCGUCUCGCUGCGGCGCGCCAUCGCCGCCGCCUCCUACUCUUCUUCUCACCCUGAGAGCUAUAAGCAAGGGAUCUGUGGCUCCACGUUUCAUUGCCGAGAGUUCUCAUCUAAAGCGAAAAAGAAGUCAAAGUCAAGUGGAACUGACUCUGGUGAGGAGAAUAUGUCGAAGAAGGACUUGGCUUUACACCAGGCUAUCGAUCAAAUAACAUCAGCAUUUGGGAAGGGGGCAAUAAUGUGGCUUGGCCGUUCACAAGGCCAUAGAGAUGUACCUGUAAUAUCUACUGGGUCUUUUGCUUUGGAUAUGGCUCUUGGAACUGGUGGGUUUCCAAAGGGGCGUGUCAUAGAGGUUUAUGGUCCAGAGGCUUCAGGCAAGACAACUCUUGCUCUACAUGUCAUUGCAGAAGCACAAAAGAAUGGGGGUUACUGUGCCUUUGUAGAUGCGGAGCACGCUUUGGAUCCAGCUCUUGCGGAGUCAAUUGGUGUUGACACCAACAAUUUACUCCUUUCUCAGCCAGACUGUGCUGAGCAGGCACUCAGUCUUGUGGACACACUAAUUCGAAGUGGAUCUGUUGAUGUUGUUGUAGUAGACAGUGUAGCAGCUCUUGUCCCAAAGACUGAGCUUGAUGGGGAGAUGGGUGACGCACAUGUUGCUCUUCAGGCUAGAUUGAUGAGCCAAGCUCUUCGCAAGCUGAGCCACUCCCUUUCACUUUCCCAGACAAUUCUGUUAUUUAUUAAUCAGACCAGGGCCAAGGUAGCCACAUUUGGAUUUGGGGGACCGACUGAGGUAACUUCCGGUGGCAACGCCUUGAAGUUUUAUGCUUCUGUUCGCUUGAACAUCAAGCGUAUUGGUUUGGUAAAGAAAGGAGAAGAGACAAUAGGUAGUCAAGUUGCUGUGAAGAUUGUGAAAAACAAGCAUGCCCCACCAUUCAAGACUGCACAGUUUGAGAUUGAAUUUGGAAAGGGGAUAUGCCGCAGUUCUGAGCUUGUUGAACUCGGAUUGAAGCGCAAACUUAUCAAGAAGAUUAGUGGAGCAUAUUAUAGUUUCAAUGAUAUUACUUUCCAUGGUAAAGAUAACCUUAAAUCUUACCUUACUGAAAAUGAGAGUGUUGCAAAAGAUCUAGAGAUGCAACUUAAGAAAUUGAUGGAAACUGAAGCACCUAAAGAGCAGGAGGCUGAAGGCGGUUCCCCAAGUGAUUUGCCUGAAGAGAUUGUCACACCAGAAACGUCGUCAGAAGAGGAUCUAGCAGCUGUAGUCGAAGCUUAACCAGUGAUCUGGUGUACUGGCAAGUGGGAACAAAACUUAUGAAGCGAUUGUUCCACUAAAACAAUAUUUUGGGCCAUGAAGUCACCAGCAUGCAGUGCUGUGAUCUCAUUAUAAUAGCCUUCAGUUAUAACUAUGCUUAUAUAGUGUAGUGUAUCCUGAAGAGAAUCCACUUUUUGUGAAAUCAUACUGAGAGCUCGUAGGUGCUGAGGGAGGGUCAGGUAUUGUGGCUAUUUAAACAUUGUUAAGGGUCGGUAAGAUGCAGUGAUGUAGUCGUGUAUAUAUGCUGCAUAUCUUGAAGACUCCUCUGGUUGAAGUUAAAUUGAGAAGCAUUCUUAAUUGAAUGCUACUAGAAUUUCAUUGGCCUUC